AUGGAUGCAAUGGACAAGAUUGUCAUUGACCUAUCGGAUGUAGUUCUACUGUGCCCAAUGCACGCUGAUUGGUGUCCUGGUUCUCCCCCUCCGCAAACUGACAAUGCUGUUCCUCACAGAACAUUAAUCACCAGAGAGAUGCUCCCUUUCUACAUCCUGCUCAUACUACUCUGCAUUGAGCGCAUCCCAGAGGGCUGCCUAAGGAACAUUGGCUGCAGAGGUCGAUCCCAAUACAGACAGAAACGCCUGGAGUCGCAGAUCAUUGGAGGGAGCAACACCAAGCCAGGGGAUUGGCCCUGGCAAGUGAGUCUCCGGAAAGGUGGGGUUCACAUCUGCGGGGGAUCAAUUCUCAGCCAGUGGUGGGUAUUAACAGCAGCACACUGUGUCCAAAGAUCGAGAGCUGAACAAAUCUCGGUGGAAACCGGAACAAUAGAACUGGGAAACCGUAACGCACAGAGAUACCAGGUGGCUGAGAUCAUUAUCCACAAACAAUACAACCAUUCGACUUUUGACAACGACAUCAGCAUGCUCCAGCUGAAGACAUCCAUCGCCUUCAGCGGUGACCAGAUGCCUGUUCUUCUGCCUCUCAGCGACAGUUUUGACAUCAAGGCCUGGGCACCCUGCUUCGUCAUUGGCUGGGGCACAACACGACAUGAGAAGCGGCCAGUCAUCCUGCAAGAAGUGGAGGUGGAGUUGAUCGACUGGCACAGCUGCCGGAAAUGGGUGGUGGGCCUCACGAGCAACAUGCUGUGCGCCGGCUAUGAGGAAGGAGGUCGAGAUGCCUGCCAGGGAGACAGCGGGGGUCCCUUGAUGUGUGAGUGCAUGGACUCGGAGGCCUGGAUCCAGAUUGGGAUUGUGAGCUGGGGCAACGGAUGCGGGGAAUCCCACAGCCCCGGAGUGUACACCCUUCUUUCAAACUACAUCGAGUGGCUGGAAGCCAUGGCUGAACAGACCGAGAAGCCCUACCUCUCGAGCAGGGGCACUUCAUCCGGGUCAUCGGGGCAACAGAACAGAAACUCAUCGUCUCAAAUUCCAUUCCCCUUCCAGCAACUGUCGGACCAGGAUGUGACUCAACCAUCCGACACCUCCAGUACCAUCCUGGGCAAUGCAUUUCUCUCAAUCAUUACCUUUACGUGGAGAAUCCUAUUCAGUGAGAUUGAUAAAUAA